AUGUAUAGAAAACGGCAACGGGAGCCACCGCGAGAGCGCGCGUCUUCUUCUAAUUUAGAUAGCCUAUCAGCGACGAUGGAGGCAAUCCUUAACCGUCUGACAACGCUGGAACAACGCACCGGGACACCAGGUCCUACUACGCAUACUGAGCGCGGGAUCACGCCACCGCCGCCAACCGCAGCCGAGCCUACGCUUGCCCUUGCAGCACGCCACGUGGCGCGAGCGUGGCCAGCAUCCCUAGCGCCGCCAGCUCCUCGGCACUAUCAACGACGGCACCGGCGGACAUCACUGAGCGUCUUAUUGACGCGC